AUGGGAUGCUUUCCGGUUUGUUUCGGUCGCCGGAAGAAUCGCCGGCGUCAGAAACUUAGAGAAUCCGAUCAGGUUAGAGGAAAUAAUCUCUAUGUGGAAUCUGCAAAAACUGAUCAUAGAAUCCCGGAAAACGCUGUGAUUCCAGUGAGUGAGAUUUGUUACGAGGCUGAGGAGAAAAGUAGUCCAAGUCCUACUAAGAAGAGAGUCACUUUUGACUCUCAAGUCAAAACUCAUGCGUUACAAGAAUCUGUUGAACUCUCGCAAGUGGAGAAACAAGAGGUUGUACCCGAAGUGGUAUCACUGAGUCCAAGCAAGGAUAGUCAUCAGUCUUCUUCUGAGAUUAGUAAGGUUGCGUCGUAUCCUUCAAACGACAGAUACAAGAAUUGCAGAGAAAGCGAUGAGGAUGAAAUAGAGGAGGAGAACUUGUACUGCGGUGAAAGUGACCUAGAUGACGAGUUUUAUAGUGAUGAAGCGUUUAGUGAAGAUAAGCACGAUGCAAAGCUGAGAAGGUCUAAUGAGAGUGUUCAAGGAGUACUUAACCCCGUUGAGAAUCUCACUCAGUGGAAAUCAGCUAAGUCCAGCGGGAAAACAGUACAGAAACAGUCUGAAAAGGAGAACUCUAACCUCAUUUCAGAUCAAGAAGACAAAAAGGGUUCGUUUUCUUUCGGCAGAGACUCUCAGACUGAUGACACAACGCUCAGCUUCAAGCAGGACUCCACCAUUGAAUCCAAGAAAGCUGGAAACAAGGAGUUAACUGUUGAUGCUAGCCUUUCGACAUGGUUGUCAACAUCUGAGACGGGUAGUGAAUGCAACAGUGUCUCUAACACACCGGUGAAAAGCAAGUCUACAAGCUACUCAAAACGGGUUAUAAACAGCCAUGACGAUAGACCUGUACUAUGUGCAUUGACAGCGGAGGAGAUCAAACAGUUCUCAGCUACAUCUACGCCAAGGAAAUCACCGAGAAAGAGUCAUGAUGAAACACCUAUUAUAGGCACAGUUGGUGGUUACUGGGAUCACUCAAAGGCAGCAGAUAGCGGCGGCUCUGUAUCUUCAUUCAAGGGCAUACCAAACACCACCAGUAAGUACAGAGAGGAUAAAAGCGUGAAUUGGCAUUCAACACCAUUUGAGGCAAGGCUGGAGAAAGCUUUGAACAGAGAUAAAUAAUGGUGCCGCACUCUUUCAACACUUACUUGAUUGUGUUUGAUUUUGAAUUGACUUCUCUCUGUAGUAUAUUUGUUUGUUUGGUAGUACUGGGAAAAAAACAUUUGUUAUCCAUAUUAUAAAAUAACAUGAAAAAGUAAAGACAAAAAAACAAGAAAAACAAGAAUCAGAACAAAAACUGUUCUCUCUUAUUUUUUAUUGAUUCUUCUUGAACAAAAUAAAGCUAAAACCUUAUUUGUGUUUUGAUUAGGCGACAUAGUAGAUGGAGUUAGGGAGCUUAAAGGUUCUCUUGGGAAGAGGACAACCUGCAAAGCUACUCCAUUGGUCUGCCAUCACUCCCCAAACUCUGUAACCAAGACUCGUUAGCCAUGUCCUCUUCUCUGACUUGUAUUGUUUAACUUCCUUUUGCUCAUCUUCUAGCCCCCUGCAUUAUUUUCUGCUUUUAGUAUAUCGGUUUGUCCAAUCCGGUUCGAGCGAACCAGAAUAUAUAACUAGAGGGGUGUACAAAAACGGUUGAAAAAGAAAAAUAAACGGUUUUAACUCAACUGGAGUCAAUUUAUAGAAAGCUUAAUGAGUGUGUUAUUGAGUGGACAAGGUUAGCUUCUGGUUCAAUUUUGUUUUUAUUUGGUUUAGAGAAUAUAUGAACCAGAUAGAAUCCUCUUAAGUUGGUUUACGUGGGUUUAUUUCGGUUUACAGAAUGUAAGAACCGAAUAAGUAUGUUCUCUUGAUCUCCGGUUUAAUUGUACCUGAGGAUGAGGUUGGACCAGC